UAAGCCUGAGCCCAGGAAAUGCUGACGCUCAGCUGUGCAGUGGUGCUGUGUUGUCAGCUGCUGCUCGCAGAGGAACUCAGGCACUCACACCUUUUCUCUUUUAAUACCACAAUCCACUCACUCCAUCUUUAUUAUUAUUAUUACUGUCACGAGAAUAAAGCGUCGCCAUGGAAACCGCGUGUGCAGUGAGGACGAAGACGUGACCGGAGACUCUGCAGAAUAAACACUGAGUCUGAAAUUAUAAUAACAACAAUAAAAUAAUAAUAAUAAUAAUAAUAAUAAUAAUGAUAAAACUCUGCUGAUAUGAAAUAAGCAGUUUACACUGAUCACACACUGAUUAUUAUUAUUAUUAUUAUUUUUAUUAUUAUUAAUCAUCAGUCACCAGAAGUCAGCUUUACUUACGUCCUUGCUUUUUUUAUCAUCACGAUGAACGUGGGCACGGCGCACAGCGAGGUGAACCCUAACACACGUGUGAUGAACAGCCGGGGCAUGUGGCUGUCCUACCUGCUGGGCAUCGGCCUCCUGCACAUCAUCCUGCUCAGCAUCCCAUUCGUCAGCGUGCCUGUGGUGUGGACACUCACUAACCUCAUCCACAACAUGUGCAUGUAUCUCCUGCUGCACACGGUAAAGGGGACGCCGUUUGAGACCCCAGACCAGGGCAAGGCUCGGCUUCUCACUCACUGGGAGCAGAUGGAUUACGGCGUGCAGUUCACCGCCUCGCGCAAGUUCCUCACCAUCACACCAAUUAUACUGUACUUCCUCACCAGCUUCUACACCAAGUACGACCGGGUCCACUUCGUCAUCAACACGGUGUCUCUGCUCACCGUACUCAUCCCCAAGCUUCCUCAGCUGCACGGAGUCCGGCUCUUCGGGAUUAACAAGUACUGAAGAUACUUUCCUCUCGCUCCCUGAGCCCUGCGCUCUCGAGUCGAAUCCGUCUUCGAUUCAGAGGUUUUUGAUGAAACACAGCAGGCUUGAGAUGUUGAGAAAUGAAAGAAAGAGCAACUUUGGCACGAGUCACUUAACAUCAUGUUAACCGGUCACUUGUGUUUUAACGUAAUCGGUUUCGAAGACUGAUUGUGAGUGAGAGCUUGUGGAGGUGCCAGGCAUCAAUUUGACCAGGAUACAGUACAAAAAAAAUUGAUGGAGUUUUUUUUUUCUUUCUUUUUUUCCCUGGACCCGAGUCUGUUUACGCUCAGAAUUCUGUAUGUUUUCGAACCCAGGUGCUGUCCUGAAAACUUAUCAAAGCACAGGAACAUUAGUGUUACGGUACCAUGAGCCCAAUAAUCCAAGCACAAGAUCAAAUACCAUAUCUGUGUGGAGAAACAAGAAAGAGAGGAAAAAUAGUUCAAGUCUAAUUCCUUCCCUUCAUGGACUUUACAUAGCAGUCAUGUCGUGGAUGUCUGUGUGAUUAGCUUUUAGCUUUUCUAAUUCCCUCUCAGUCAAGUAGGUUACUUUAACUGAAAUAACAGUGUUUGAUUUUGCAUUUUAUUUUCUUCCUCAUAUUUCUAGUGUCCUGCUAUGUCGUCUAUUAUUUGCGUAUUUGUUCAAAGCAUGACAAGGGGCUACUCUUAAUUUUUAAUGUUGUUUCAUUUUUAAUAUUUUAUUCUGUCCAUCAAUACACCACACUUUAGGAAACAGUCCACGAUGCAUCAGUGGAUUAUUUAAUCCCGAUUCUACACUCCUGCCUCAGAAACUUUGGGGGAUUUUAUCUCCUUGAUUUUAGGUUAAGCUCAACGUUGUGACGUAUUGUAAAGUCAGAGGUGUCCGUGCUUUGUAAAGCCACGAUUGGUCGUACGGAUCAGGGCAGCGUCACACUCUCUAACAAAAACUAGAGCACCAUAUUCCAGGAACAACUCACUGUAAAAUAUUUUUAGUAACCAGGACAAAUACAGUUAGGUUCAAUCAUUUAGGACAAUAGCUAUGUAAGGAAUAACACACAAGGGGCUGUGUUGUUAUAGGAAAAUAAUCCACGAUGUGUUGGUGUGAUGCGGCCCAACGCAAAGCGGAGUUCCUGUUACCACCUUGAAGUCGAUUAUUUUCCUAAAACAAUUCCUAUACUACAGCGAUUUGCCAAUGAUUACAAUUUUUAAUGUAUUAAUAAGUCAAACAUCCUACUUUUUAUCCAUUUAUAGUUACCUCUAAUGUUAUGGAAUGUCCACAAAACAAGUUUGUCACUUGCAUUAUAGUAGCUAUAAACAGUCGUUCCCUCACCAGCUUCUCUUUUUUUUUUUCUCUCUCUUGAAGUUAAUAAGACAAAAAAAAACGCAGCUCGUCUGUUACCUGUUACAAAGUGUAAACUCGUCUGUCUGAACACUUUCCUGUAGUGGAAUUUUACAGACGGUUACAAAGUGCUGAUGCUGGAAUCUCCUUCUAUAAUAAAAGUUUCCUAAUAGAAAUCCUAAUCACAUGAACAAUUAAACUUUUUUCUUCGUUAAGUAACAACACAUUUUUAAAAUCUGUUUAUUAGACUUAGAUUAUGUGGAGUGUCCAUCACUCAAGUCCUUGUGAGUUGUUACUAUAGAAACGAUCAUGGAUUGGAACAUCAAUUAAUCUUCUCAGUCGAGAACUCAGAAGUGCUGUGGUAUAAUACAAAACAAUUCCUGUGUUUCUAUCUUAACUCCAGACAGAAAAAGAAGAUUAGAGAAGCUACUCGCCAAAAUCCCCUAAAAAAGUGUCCUAACUUCAGGACAACCCAUUAUGAUGGCCUAUCUUCUAUAAUGUUUUCAUUUAUAACUUUAGCAGAAGGAUGAGUGCUUUCUCUGCUUUGUGUUAGCACAACAUUAGCUUGCUAGCGUGCCAUGAUUGGUUAAUCACCGUUCAGGGGCGGGGUUUAGUAUUGAAGAGUAUGGUCGUUGAAAAUCUGACCCUAAAUCAUCUUUUAAGCACAUCUAACUCAGUAAAUGAGUAUUUGCCAUUGAUCAUAUCGACUUGCUGGGAUUUCAGCGUGUGUGAAAGCAAUCAGCUCCCAGGGGUUGGGCUUCGAAUAGAACUGUGAAUGCGAUUGGCUGAAAUGGUCACGUUACUUCCUGUUUCAGAUUUCACAGUGUUGAAGGAAUUCAUAGUGUGGUCUGAAACAGAGAAGGCAUUUAAAAUAAACACAUUUUAGAAUAAAAAUAUUAUUUUAAUAUAUAAGCGCAAAAAAACAAACAAAAAAGUUGAUAAAUGAAAUAUUAAUUACUUAUUAGUUAGUUACUUAUUUAGUGUUAAACAUGUAGUUUAAAACAAGUAAAAAUCAUUUCGGUAGAAUAACUUUUUUAAUUUUACAAAAAUGAUUAAAACGGCAUAGCAGAUCUGCACCUUUAAACUUAUUUUAAAUAAUGCCAGAAAUUGUGAAUGUAGAUGAGUAUAAUAACCCAAAUAGCCCAGUAUCACUGACACUAACACCAGCUAGCCGGCUAGUUAACUGCUAGUAAACUAGCUCACGUUUUUUCACAAGUCCACACGAGUGGGAUUUCUGAGUCUUCAUUUGCGUCAUUUUCUCAGUGAUUUAUCGAACAGCAGCCAUUUGUUGUUAUAACAAAUAAAACUUUGUUCAUCACUAACAUUGGCUAAGAUGGCUUGCUAGCUAGCUAAACACAAAAUGUCAGAAACACAUAAGGCAGCGGCGUAAGCCAGUUGGCUUAUUGUUACGACCUGGUCUAGGGCAGGCAAUAAUGCAGAGAUGGCGAUCCACAGCUAAAUCUCAUUUUGCUAAACUGUGUGCACAAAGUAACGUAUGGAAUUCUGCAAUCAAGCCACGGUUCAGAUGGAAUACAAGAAAGCAUACUGCGAUUAUGAGCCCAGAAUCAGUCCUGGGUGUGGACGUGAGCAUUCAGGCCACAGAAGGCAGCAUUUUAGGAAAAACAUCAAUUCAGACAUGACUUAAUGCCACGCUGCCUCCAAACACAGCCCAAGAAGGAAGCACUGUUUACAUAUAGACAAAAUUCUGCGAGUACCACAUUGUCAUUUCCUGUUCUUGGGUGUGAUUAGCAUAAAGCUGUAGAGUUUAAUUAGUGACAUCACAGACUGAUCACAUAUCUAGCCCAGCCCCCCAGAUCAGUUUUAACCCAGUGUGUAGAGAAAGUCUGAUUUAACAAAAUAAGAAAAUUAGUAGCAGAUUUGAUCUAUAUAAUCUAUCUAAUCAGCAUCAGUAUCCAAGAGUUAAUAAUUUAAACAUUAUGGUUUUUAAUUCAUGGUUAAGAAUAAUAACGCUCCCAGAAUCAAUAGUGAGUCUUGUAGGUAAACAGCAUUUCCUACGCAUUUGGUUAAAGCGGUGUAUGUAAUCUGCUUAACGCUGUUCUGUCUGCUCUGGCAGCACACAUCCCGUUUUAGCAGUAAGACAGAGAAACACAGUAUUUGUGAACAGGCAUGGAGGUGGGGGUUAUUUUUAGAUUCUGGCUCGAGUCGUAUCAUUGGCCAGUUUCUCUUACUAUAAAUAGAGAUGCUUUUUUUGUCCUGUUAAAGCAGAAACGGUGAAUUUACCCAAACCAGGCUCUCGGUUUCAACUCUUUCGUUUCAGACCGUGCAUUACAGCAAGCUCAGUAACGGGAUGUAGUGAGUUUAAUGGUGGGGUUAGUGGUGCUGUCUGAUAGUGACGUGACCACUACCUUUAACACAAACAUGUGCAAGGAAGGGAGAGAGAGAGAGGGAGAGAGAGAGAGAGAGAGAGAGAGAGCAAAAUCAGUGUAUUUAUAGUUAUGUUAGGCUGCUUUAAGCUAAAUUCAUAAUAAGAAAUCACAUAAGAAUAAGCUAGAAUAUGGCAAAAACUGAAAAUCCUAAUAGCAGAGUGAAAUAUGUACAUGUCCAUACAUUUUCAUAUGUGAAAGAAAUCAGUGUUAUAUGACCAUCAUUAUUUCAGUAAUGGACUUAAAUUAAAAUUCCACUGUUUGUACUCAUAGGACAUUUUCAGCACAGUGUUUUAAAAUGAACUGCACAGAGAACAUGGAAAUGUCUUAAAUAUCUCACAGCAAACAUUUCUAAUAUUUCUCAUUAUGAGAUUAUUAUAUACCGAAUUAUUUAUACAUAAACAAUAAAACACUGCAGGAAGAGCUGCUACAGGAAAUAAUUCACCCUAACAGCACAUCCUGAAAUGGUUUAUUUGUCAUUUAUAGCACAACAGUUUGCCAACAAUUACAUCAUGCGUGCGUUUUACCCAUUUAUAGUUACAUUUAAUGUGUUUCUGUUCUGACUUAGCAGCUAUAAACCGUCGUUUCCUCACCAGCCUCUCUUUUUCUCUCUGUUGAAGUUAAUAAACACAGCUUUCCAUUUUACUGAGAAACCACAAAGUGUAAACUCGUCUGUCCUGGAGAUGUCGAAAAAGUUACAGCCUUACCUCUGACUGUAACAAAGCGCUGACACUGGAGACUCCUUCCAUAAAUGUUAAAUAAAUUACACACAUUUUUUCAACCAUUUAUGUGAAGUCCCUGAAAAUUCACUGUUACUAUAGAAACAAUAACAUAUCAGUAUAAAAUGUGAUUUGUACCUGAGCUACUGUCAGUGCUGCUGUUAUAGAAAAUUAAUCAAUACCCUCUGACCAAUCACAAUCCAGAAUUCAACAGUGCUGUGGUGUACACUAUAGAAACAUUAUCUUAUUCUACUGGUAAAUCAUUUUGCUUUUAGAAAUAAACUUGAAAUAAUCAGAAUUCUAAUGUAAUGUCAUGUAAUAUAAUGAAGUAAAAGAAAUAUAAAAAAAAUCAUUAUAUGCAUUAUUUCUUAUAUAAUAAUCUCAUAUGAGAAAUGUCUGGGAAAUUUGCUAUAUUGAAGACAUUGUUCACUUACGUAUUUUACAGCGUGUUUUUAAAAAUCAGUGAUGAAACAACGAAACAAGGCUGAGGUCGAGACAUAGAGCUGCCUCGUCCUCAGCAAAUCGGAAGUAUAAAAACAGUAAAAAAAAAUAUAUAUAUAUAUAUAUAAUUUUUAUACUAAAAAACUCCUCGUGUUAUUUUAUACAUUUCAAGAAUAUUUGUCAUCACUAAAAUUUAUUUUUAGAUGUCAUCACUAAAAAUUAGGCAUAAAAUUGGUACUUAUUAGAUUUAUUUAGUAUUAGUAUUUUGCUUAUAUUAGCUUACGUGUGUUUUUCUGCCAGAAUUUAGGAUCUGCAAAUUAUAUACACACCGCACUUGCAGAACAUAACAAUUUGAAGUGAGUCCCAUGAGCAUCCUAUCUAUAGAGUUUAUACAGUGUGGUGUGAAGAAAAAAAAAACAGUUCUGUGGGUAGAAACUCCUUGUUGAUAAAAGAGGUCAGAGGAAAAUGGCUAGAUUGGUUCCAGCUGCCAGGAAGCAUAUAAUAACUCAUAUAGUCGCUCUUUACAACCAUGAUGAGCAGAAAAGCAUCUCAGCAUGCACAAAACAUCAGACCUUGAGGUGGAUGAGCUACAACAGCAGAAGACCACAUCAGGUUCCACUCCUGUCAGCCACGAAUAGGAAUCUGAGGCUAUCAUGGGUACAGACUCACUCACACUGGACAGCUGAAGACUGGAAAAAGACCACGUGAUAUUUCUUUUCAGUCUUCAGCUCUCCAGUUUGGGUGAGUGUGUGCCCUUUCAUAUCCUCUGAACAGCUCUUAGAUUAUCUCAACAUCGGCUAUAUGUAUUUUAUCUGAUUUUGGUGAUAAUUUUCUUUUUACAACCCACAUUUAAUUUGUUAACUUCCUGGAAUUAUAAUUUAUAUAUAGAUAAAUUAUAAAAUAGGCAUACAUUUUCAUUUUUUCCCCAUUCAAAAACUAUUGGGGGUGAAUACUUUCGCACUCAGCUAUGGUCCUGUGGAACUGAGUGUUAAAUAAAUGGAGCGUUAUGUUCAUAUACUUUUGUAGAUGUAUUUAUCAUGUUUUAAAGAAUGUAAGCUACAGGAGAACAAUUGGGAUUUUUACUGCUUCAGUUAUACUGUGUAUUCUAACAUCUUUCACACGCACGCACACACACACACACACACACACACACGCACAUACACAGAAGAUUAUUCACAUUAACAGCGCAGGUGAGAGCCAGACUGAUGUCACACAGACCAUUUCCAUGGAAUUGUGUUUCAUUUACACAGAGAGGGAAGGAAAGAGAGAGGGGUGUGUGUGUGUGUGUGGUGGAUUCUCCAUUUCCUGAUAUCCUUGUGGAUUUUGGAGAGAAUCAGGAGUGAAAUCUGAACCAGACACUGGUGCCUUUAUGACUGUGGGACGCUUACGACUCCAGUGCAGCAUUCCAUUCUGACAUAUAUCAUGGAUAUAAUGGUCCUAUUUUAAACACAAAGCGCUCGGCCUGGCCCAAAGCACAACGUCCAUGAUUGCUGUGAAAUAUACAUCACUUCCUGUGGAAUUUUCUCCCUGCAGGUGCUGUUUUAUACUGAGCCCCUAAAGGGGCAAGAUGAGAUUUUUUUUUUUUUUUUUAAAUAUUUUUGCAUUCCCUCGCAAUACAUUUUGCAUUCCCAUCUCUGUAAAACCCUUCCUGUAUCCAGCUCAUUGACAAUUGAAGGUAUAUCACUUCAUUUCUCACUCAUAGACCAUAUUCUCCACUUACAAUACAUCUAUCUGUACGUGUAAAGCUGUCUGCUGUCCUGUAACUGAUCACGAAUAAUAAAAUUAUGUAUACCAUAACAAUGUAAUGCAUAAAGAGACUAAAGCAAGGAUUGCACAGGAAUGCAAAACUUAUUGUGAGAAAAUGCAAAAAAAAAAAAUAUAUAUAUAUGUAAAGAAAUCUCAUUGUGACCCUUUAAGGGCUGGAUAGCUUCAGACCAUUUCAGGAAAUUUCCGUCUUUAUAUUUUGUUCUGUGUUGCACAAAUUUACUGUUAAUUACUGUAUUGUGAAAAGCAAGAAAUGAACUGAAGCACAUAAAUGUUGGUUUUUGAUAUUAUAGAGAUAAUUAAACACUUAGAAUAAAAGUUCUGUCUGCUAUAAUCACUUCCUGAAUAAUUCUGAAUUCAUGCUUAAGCAGGAGUUGAACAGAGAGUUGCAAGAGUUGUGCUUCUCUGGAACUAUUCUGCGAUUUAUACUACUUCUAUAUUUGUAUAAGUGAAGAAUGCGCACAAUGAAGAAUGCACACUUCUUCACCUAUAAAAAAUGUAUUAGCAAUAAACACAUGCUGUGGUAUAAGAGCAAUAAAACACUUCAGGACAUUCUGUUAUGGGAAAAUAAUCAACAUCAGGGAUGUAACUGUAACUCCACUACAUCACACCACCCUGUCAUUGAUUAUUUUCCUAUAACAGCGUGUGUUUAUUGCCAACACAUUUUUUUUAUUUAUUAAAGAAGGACACAUCAUACAUUUCAUCUGUUUAUAGCUACUUUUAAAAGUUAGUUCCUGUUAUCACUUUUGUUAUAGCAGCUAUAAACAACGUCGUUCCCUCACUAGCUUCUCAUGAUGUUAAUGAGACAAACAGUUGGAGCUUGUCACAUUAAUGAGGAACUUUACAUAACUGUCACGUAACUGAGGAACUUUACUUGGUCACUGCAUGUUCAUGGUGUGCAAAAAGUACAAAUGAAGAAAGCCCUUGGGUCCAAACUUUUCACUCUUUUUCCCUGAAUAUGUUGACCACUGAAUCCAGAAUGCACCACAGAGGGAGUGACGAUAUUUCUCAAGCUGUAACUCAUUAAAAAUUACUUGCAGGAGAAUUUAUACAAGAAAUGUGUUGUUCAAGAAACUCCAG